UGAUACUACAACAGCCUUAAGUUAUAGCUCACCAAAUAAUUAGCUAGCGUUAACCCACUAAAAUUCAGAGCUUAAUUAAUUAAUUAAUUAAUUAAUAAUGUCAUCGAUGGAGAGUGAGAAGGGAACAGUAGUAGCACCCCCUGCAGCUGAGAAUGGUAAUAAUAAAAAAUGUGGUGGAGUUGAUGUGAUACUUAGAGUUUUAUUGUUGGCAGCAUCUAUUGCAGCGGUUGUGGUUAUGGUUACAAGCAACCAGACUGAAACUGUUCCUACUCCUCGUGGUCCGAUGCGUGCACCGGCUAAAUUUCACCAUUCCCCUGCCUUUAUAUACUUUGUGGUAGCACUAUCGAUUACUGGUGUGUACAGUAUCAUCACAUCAAUUGCAUCGUUGUCCUCGAUGAGGAAGUCUAAAGUCCCAGCCAAAUUGUUCUGGAUUUUACUUCUACACGAUGUGCUAAUACUGGGCAUAGUAGCUUCAGCAACAGGCGCAGCUGGUGGGGUUGGAUACAUUGGUCUAAAAGGGAAUACACAUGUUCGAUGGAUGAAAAUUUGUAAUCUUUACGGCAAAUUUUGCCGACACAUUGGAGCUUCCAUUCUUGUUUCGUUGUUCGCUGCCGUCGUGCUCGUACUCCUCGUCGUUCUUGAUGGCUAUUCUCUUUACCGACGUAUUCCUGCAUCCUAACUCCACCCACCCCAUCCAUGCAUUAAUAUAUUAUUAGUGUUUCAUUUAAGUUAUCAGGUGUAAUUAUAUUCUGUACUAGUCUUUCAUUUAUUUCUUUGUAUAUUACUAGUGUCAUCAUAUAUAGUGUCAUUCUUGUUAA